AUGCGCUCUUCGCUCGAAGACAUUCCAGAUGAGAUAAUCCGCCACAUCCUGCUUUAUCUGCCGCCUGAGGACGCAUUUGGAAGCUUCCAGCUUGUCUCCCGCCGCUUCUAUCACCUCGCAAGUGAGCCGUUGUUAUGGAAAUGGCACUGUCAGAGCUCGUUUCGCUAUUGGAACCCUGAGCACAGAUUUCAGGAGAAGCUCCAGGCACUCGCCUCUUCCGUCAACUGGAAGAGACUGUGGACCUUGAGGAAAAGGAGAAACGACAAGGCCGCGCGACUACUAAACGGGGUGAUAUCGACCAAUGUCGGUCGGCUGAAGAAGGUGCAAGGGAUCUGUGAACUGGGGUUCGAUGUUAAGGACUUCCUGCUGGAACAAUGCCAUGUUGAUCCCUCCGCAGAUGAUUUCCUGGCCAGGAGGUACUACGCGAAUUCGACUCUGGACAGCAUACAUAGAGGCGUAGCAGUGGAGGUAUGGUCGCGCUAUCAAGGCCAACCGUCAAGCUCACGAAACCUCGACACUGCACUCGGUGCUUUUGAUAUGUUUGUGUUGCAUGAUCAAAAUCAGGAUCUAGACUAUAUCGUGCGGACACUUGACACGCUCGCCGAGCAGUUCAAAGCUGAGCAUCCGACGUUUCACAACCUGUCUACCAGAGAGAAAGCCUUGUCCCUAGUCCGCUGGUUGAGAGCGAGGAAGCUUACCGGUAUGGACAAUCCCGAUCUCAACUACCGUAAUUUGAGGAACUGCUUUAUCGGCCACGCGCUUUCCGAUGAAAAUCACCCUUCGCUUCCCAUCAUUUCGAGCGCCAUCUUCACGUGCAUUGCAGAACGGCUGGGGAUGGCAGCGUCCUGCCUUGCGUUUCCCAGCCAUGUCCACGCCGCGGUGUAUGCUCCGCCAGGGAAGGACCUGGACGGUGGAGAGACGGAAGCUGUUGAUGGCGAGCAAAAGAGGAUGUGUCUCGAUCCGUACGGGUCGGACCAGGAAAUCACACUCCGUGACCUGCGCCUCAGACUCGUCGAGUUCGGUUGGACACAGGGGACCGAAGCAUUCCUUCAACCCUCCCCCGUGCCGAUCAUCGUCCAGAGGACGGCGCAUAAUAUUAAGGCGACGCACGACACAGUCCGCACGAUCGCGGACAACGAGUUCCUAGGGGCCGAGAUGAAGCGUUUGCGAAGCGGCUAUCCCAGUUUGAACAUGGACGCCGCCUAUUACGCCUCCAUGUGGGCCGAGCUCCUCAUGAAGCAGGCCUCCAGAUUUCACUGGGACUCGAACCUAGCCACGUUCCUUCACAAGUUCGCCCUCUCCUGGAGCGAAGAUUACUGGAUCGUUCAAAAGUAUCUCGUCCCGCUAUACGACAGAUUUGUGUCCGAACAGAACCCCCGGCGUCGCCGCGGCUGGCAGAAUGUGCACGAUAUUCUUGCGAUGCUCGAAAACGUUGACAACCGGCUCCCGGAGGUCAGCCGGCGAUACACCGAGGACAUAGCCCGGCGUGUUCACUACAACAUUGGGCAGGUCUUCCGUCACCGGCGCUACGGAUACAUCGGCAUCAUCAACGGGUGGGCCGCGAUGGGUAGCACCACCCUGCCGAUGCCGCACUACCUCGAUAGGGACGAGGCCGAUGAGGAGGGAGAUGUUUUUGACCCAAGCGAGUCGGUACACACGAUGAACAUGGGUCCGCUGAGAACGUAUUAUACCUGCCUCUCUUCUAGGCGUUCGACUGUCGACCGCCUGCGAGUCGCGCAGGACAACGUCGUUAUCAUCGCCGACCCCAGUGUAAUUCCCGACGAUCUAUUCUUCGUGGCGGGCAAAUUCUUUAAGCGCUUCGACUGGGAGACCUGCACGUUUGUAUCGAAUAUCAAGGAAUACUAUCCUGACGACUAAUGAACUGGGUGGUGAACCCGGAGGGAUGUGCAUGUAAUCAGGGUUCCGUUACGCGAGCGGGCUAGGGGAGCUUACGCCGUGUUUUGUGUCCUAUGUAGCAACUGCUUAUGGAGACGACUAU